UCAUCACUUCAUUCGAGGACAUUAUGCAGGAAAUGACAGAUGAAAGCUCGCAAUACGAGCAAUGUGAUUGAAGUAGUACCUUCCACCAUCUUGCCCACUGAACUGUACUGAUGUAGCUCCUCCAUUGACGGCAACAUGCUGGUUAUUUUUGCUCGCAUACCCGUCGGGCAGCUACGCAAACUGAAAUGUCUGCACGAAUCCGAGAUUGACGAAAUCCAGGGUCUGUAUACGGAGGCCAAUUCCAGUAUUUGGCUUGGCUGGACAUGCAGUGGCAACACUAGUAGUGAUGAUGAUGAUGCCAGGUCUCAGUCUCCUAUACCUACUGUAGAUUCUGUAGCAGCAGAGACAGUGGGGGCAAGGGCCAGGGAUGCUGUACUGCAUGGUCUACCAUCUCCAGACUGUGUUAUCACCACACACUCAACUCCAACAGUGAUACGGCGCUGUGCAGUAACGGAAUGCAGUCCUGACGUUGCAGCAUUGCAUAGUUUGCUGGAUCGUCUUCACUCCGUCAUAAAUGUCAGUAGUUGCUUACAAGCAUUAUGGUUCCUGGGCAAGAAAGACCUCAAUGCUAUGCGGAGGUCUGCAUUAUUGUACGGCGCUAUUCUACGUCUGACACUAGGACUGAGAGCAGCGUUGUCCAUUGUUGGUGUUGAUACACACGAUGACUACAGCAAUGCUAGAGUGUGGGCAGACGUGCUACGCUGUAAGUAUGUGACAGUACCCAGUGACACUGACAUACACUACUGGACAGCAUUCCAACCCACUCUGCUCUGGUCUGGUCCACUGGCUAUAAACAAUGCAUCUCUCAUGAGCGGUUCUCUCAGCUUGUCCAAUUUCAGCCUGUGCGUAUCGGACAACUCCCCAGCACCACCACCAUCCCCAGUAUCACUGUCUAUGUCAACAACUGAAACACGCUGCUUAUCGUCGUCCAGAUCUGCAGCCUGCAGCCACUGA